AUGAUUCGUCUUGAACAGAUAGCCGCCACCGAAGAGCCGCCUCGCAAAAAGGUAGCCGUUAGACUUGAUUUUGAAGUAGCAAACCUGUACAAUCGAUCGCAACCGAGAGAUGUAAUCAAUCGUGAAAUAAGUGCCAUAUUGACAACAGAAGAUCCGAGCGACGAUGACGCAAUAGAUAUGAUUUUCGAAGAGUGCGAAAUUGAUCCGAAAAAUGAUGUCGAAAGUGAACAACGUGUUGGGUCAAAUAAUUCUAACGUGUUGGGUCAAAUAAUGCCACAAAUUUCAGUCGAACAUGGUCACCAGUCAUUUGACCUAAGUGCCAUCAGGUGUGCUGCGCAUACCCUGCAAUUAGUAGUGAAAGAUGCGCUGAACAAUAUGCCUCAAGAAACGAAGAACAUAAUAUUGCUGUGCCGACGAGUUGCUAAGAUCCUUAGGUUGGAGUCAACCAAGUAUCUACUUGAAGGAUCUGGCAUUCAAUUGAAGAAGCCCAAACUGGACGUUGAGACUCGAUGGGGCUCAACUUACGUUAUGUUGUAUGAAUUGGCGAAUUCGCAGCAAAUUAUCGAGCACAUUGCGAUGGUAGCAGGAAUGAAGAGAAAAUACCGCGAAUUUCCAUUGCUGCUAAAUUCAUGGCGAGUAUUGAAGGAAGUCAUUUAUAUUCUGAAGAUACCGUAUGAAGCAAUGCUCUGUUUACAAAGUCGUAAACUGACAUUGUCGGAUACAUUUGGGAAAUGGCUGGAAGUUAAAUUACACAUGCAGAAG